AAUAAUCUUCCUCUAUUUCGGACUCUUCUUCACUCCCUUCCUUUGCAAAACACUUGCAGAUUUCUACUAGUCCUGUAAUCAAAUCGUGUUAGAGAGAGAGAUGGAAGAGUUGCAUGAUACUGAGAGCCCAAAAAAGAAGAUGGAGGAAGUAGAACAAGGAUCAGAUUUCGAGAAGCAAAUAACUACCGCUAUGAAAGCACGAGUUGGCCAUUUCAAAGAUCAAGCUGAUUCGCUGACUUUUGAAGGGGUUCGAAGAGUUAUAGAGAAGGACUUGGGGAUGGAGACCUUCGCGUUGGAUGUUCACAAGAGAUUUGUGAAAAAUUGUUUACAGGAGUGCUUUGAAAGGGCCAACCAGGAGAGUGCAUCUAAGAGUUCGGAGGAGACUACAGAGACGAUUUCUCACCAGACAAAGGUUGGAAAACAAGAGCUUACGGAAGGGCUUCAGACAAAGGUGUCUAAUUCUGAAGAUGAAGAGAAAACUGUAGGAUCUCCAGCUACAGGCCUUCUGGCAGGGGACGGAACAAAGCAAAAUGAAGUUGAAGAUACUCACAUAGAUAAAUCUGAAAAAGCUCUGACCGAGGACACUAUAGAAAAUGCUAUUAAAAAAAGGGCUUCUUAUUUCAGAGCUAAUUCUGCUCGUAUUACCUUGGCGGGGGUUCGUCGUCUCUUGGAAGAAGAUCUUAAAGUAGAGAAAAAUGCUCUUAAUCCCUUCAAAAAAUUUGUUAGUGCAGAAUUAGAUAAAGUAUUAGCAAGCGCUGAAAUUGCUGAACCUGCAACGAAAGGCAAGAACCAAAAACCGAAAAAAGAAUCUAAUAUCAAGAAGUCUGCAAAGGUCAGCAGUGAGGGAAGUUCAGAUGCAUCUGAAAGUGAGGUCGAGGAGGUGGAUGAUGAUGAUGAAGUAAAGCCAAAGAAAAAGCCAACUCUGAAAAGAAAAUUACAGACUUCUGGAGGGCCAAAGAACCUAAAAAGACCUGCGAAGGAGACUAAAAUAACGAGCAACAAGAAGAUGAAACCCGAGGAACCCAUUUCUGAGGGAAGUAAUGGUGCAAACGAUGGGGGAAACACCUCUGAUGAUGUAAAUUCUCAGUCUUCUGCAGAAGGAGAGCAUGUUAAGAAGAAAAAGGAUGUUCCAACAGUCGUGCAUGGUAAGCGCGUUGAGCACCUGAAAUCAGUAAUUAAAUCAUGUGGAAUGAGUAUUUCCCCCAAUGUUUACAAGAAAGCCAAACAGGCACCUGAGAGCAAACGCGAGGCCUAUCUUGUAAAGGAGUUGGAGGAUCUGCUUGCUAAGGAAGGAUUAUCUGCAAACCCUUCUGAGAAAGAAAUCAAGGCUGUGAGAAAGAAAAAAGAAAGGACAAAAGAACUUGAAGGCAUUAACCUUGACAACAUAGUCUCAAGUUCUCGCAGAAGGUCCUCGUCCAAUUUUAUAAUGCCACCAAAGCCAAAGAUUGAGAGUGAUGAGGAAGAAGAUAGCGAAGAUGAGGCUGAUGACGAUGAAGAUGACGAUGACAGCAACAGCGACGAGUAUGAUGAGGAAGUUGAAGAGGAGAGUGAGUGAGUGAGACCUCUUACAGUUGGCUUUGGUUUCCACAUACCAUAUCCAUUGGUGGCAGUGGUUCAAAUUUCAUUCUCCGCUACCUGGUGAUUCUCUUCUUUUGUUUGUUUUUGUGGUUAAAAUAGCUAGGGUUUGAAAGACAUUUACAGAUUGAUAUGUGCCCCUCUUCAUAUGUGAUAAUAUAACAAUUUGCUGGUAAUUUAUGUCUUAGAUGUGAAACUUGAAAUAGCUAAUGAAAAUAAUUUUGGGUCUAUUCAUAGAGAUGUUGA